AUGGCCUCAUUCAAUCUCCCCUCAGAGCUAAUUGCGAUCAUCGCGUCUCUGUCCGACACGGAAACCCUCAAGGCACUGAGGCUAACAAACCACAUGCUAUGCGACUUCGCAACCAACAGUGUGUUCUCUACGGUCUCACUAUACACCGAUGAUAAAAGCUGUGAAGCUUUUGAGUCCAUCAUAACACAUCCGCAGUUAAAAGAACAUGUACGCAAGGUUCGCCUUAAUACUGUCGAGGUCGACUAUCAAUCUGACCGAGAUCACGAUGAACUUGAGCUACCUCUCAAAUGGAGGGAGCUCCUAUCUAUGCUUCCCAAAAUUCCAAAUCUCGAAAGCGUCAUUCUGCGCUUCGACAAAAAUGCCACGCUAGACGAUGAUUAUCCUGAGGCACCCCAGUCAGUGGAUUACCGGGAAACCAUCAUACAAUGGCUGGGUACGGGGCUGGUGUCUUUAGAGCGACCGUUGAAAGAACUGGGGAUUCAGAAUCAGCAGAACGUGACACCAUUGAGCAAUGAUUUCCAGCAAGUAUUGGGCACCCUGAGUUCGCUGAGACUGAAUGUUGUGCAUUCGUCCGAUUCUGCGUGCCCUGAGAACGAAAUCGAGAGAGAGGAAGUGGCUGAAUUCCACGCACGUAUACUCCCAUCAGUCUGGCUGAAACCCACGAUGGGAUCACUCCGGAAGCUCUCUCUAUAUUCCAACUUUUACUGGGGGUUUUACCCUAAACUCAGCCUCGAAGGGAUUCAUUGCCCAAAUUUGCAAUCGCUCGCCUUGGGAAAUUUCACCUUUUUCGAAGACCAGCAGCUCGAUUGGAUUCUGUCGCACUCGUCAACACUUGAAGAACUUUACCUCGAUGAUUGUUCAAUUUUAUUCCAAAUAAGGGUAUCGAGCAACGAUUCCCAGCUUGACAAGUGUCCGCUACCGGAAUCCAGAAUGGAAUUGAAAUAUCCUGGGGAGUGGGGUGAGGCCUGGUACUACGAGUAUCCACGCCGAUGGGAUGACUAUUUUGCCUCAUUUGGGGCAGGCCUUCCACAUCUCCGUCGUUUUGCAAUUGGUCAUAAUGGAGCAUGGUAUUUAGAUAGAGGGUAUGAGGUGCCUUUUGAAAAAGAACUGGACCUUGUGCCGGCUUUGAUGCGUGACCGGUACAUGGAAUUUGAUGGUGGUAUAGGACCAUCUCAGUUUCUUUCACCGUGGUCAGACCCUCAAGGGGAGCAUUGGCCACAACGAGAUGACGAGGAUCGUGAGGCUUUGAAGGCAUUGUAUCGGAAGACCAAGCAACAGGUAGACUGUGGAGAGUUUACUGUAGGAAAUCGCGAGGUGGUCGAUUUGGUAGAACUUCGUCCUUGGUGA